AUGAGCGACGUCGACGAGCCAUUACAACACUGCGACGAUCCAUCAACUUGUAGACCUUCUCUACCAAGAAUGAAGUCUUGUUUAAAGUCUCCUUCUCAUUCUGGCUCUGCUACUCCAUGCACCGUUGACUCUGACACAGACGAUGGCACUUGCAAGAAACAUGUGGCAUUUUGCGAGGAAGGAACUGAACAAGUCUUUCAAGCUGAUGAAUGGGAUCGAACGCCUAUGGAAAUAUCACAACGCCUAUCAUACGACGACGUACUCGAGCUCAAGAUGAUUCAACGUUCUCUACCUCGCGCUCAGCAGAGCCAUGACCCUCUUUCGUCCAAGCCUUACUCUGGCGUUUUCCUUCGCAACGUCCCAAUUCCACUCCUCCCACUAAAUCCAACAACAGUAUCAGCUUCGCCACAAAUGUCACCACCACCU